AUGUUUGGGCUAAAGUUGAAGAAGAAGAAGAAAGCAGAGAAAGGGUUAAUCCUAGCUAACAAGGGAGCACAAGAUGGUCAAGGUGAAGCAGAAGCACCGCAAGAGGGACUGUCUCACCAGGAAGGGCCAGGAGGAGAUUUGCUUUAUGACGAUGCAAAUAUCAUUCCUGCCCCCUCAGCCCCACCAAAGCGAAGGUCAAAACUGUUGACUAAGAUCCACGAUGGGGAAGUUAGAUCCCAAAAUUUUCAAAUUGCCAUCACCAUCAUUGAGGCCCGCCAGCUGGUGGGCGAGAACAUUGACCCUGUUGUGACCAUUGAAAUCGGGGACGAGAAGAAGCAAAGCACAGUGAAGGAAGGCACCAACAGCCCAUUUUACAACGAGUAUUUUGUCUUCGACUUCAUGGGGCCCCAAGCGCAUCUAUUUGACAAGAUCAUCAAACUCUCAGUCUUUCACCACAAGCUGAUAGGAAGCAUACUGAUUGGCUCUUUCAAAGUAGACCUGGGGACUGUGUACAACCAACCUGGUCAUCAGUUCUGUGACAAGUGGGCCCUGCUCACAGAUCCUGGUGACAUCAGAACUGGCACCAAGGGGUACCUGAAAUGUGACAUCAGUAUGACCGGGAAAGGUGACAUCUUAAAGACGAACCCCAAGACCUCUGACACCGAGGAACAAAUAGAAAAGAACCUUUUGAUCCCCCAAGGGUUUCCAUCUGAGAGACCCUGGGCCAGAUUCUAUGUGAGACUCUACAAAGCAGAAGGAUUGCCCAAAAUGAACUCCAGCAUCAUGGCGAAUGUCACCAAAGCAUUUGUGGGUGACAGUAAGGACCUCGUGGAUCCCUUCGUGGAGGUCUCGUUUGCUGGGCAGAUGGGGCGAACCACAGUGCAAAAGAACUGUGCUGAUCCUGUGUGGCACGAGCAGGUGGUCUUCAAGGAAAUGUUCCCUCCCUUGUGCCGGAGGGUGAAAAUACAGGUCUGGGAUGAAGGCAGCAUGAAUGACAUAGCACUGGCCACCCACUUCAUCGAUCUGAAGAAAAUCUCCAAUGAACAAGAUGGAGAUAAAGGCUUUCUACCUACCUUCGGGCCUGCCUGGAUUAACCUGUAUGGCUCACCCAGGAACCACAGCCUGAUGGAUGACUACCAGGAACUGAAUGAAGGCUUUGGGGAGGGUGUGUCAUUCAGGGGCAGAAUCUUGGUAGAAAUUGCUGUGGAAAUCCUCUCAGGUGGGGCACAGGAGUCCAGAUUUUCCAAGGCCCUGAAGGAGCUCAAGUUGCCUUCCAAAGACAAAGACUCCAAAUCUUCCAAAGGCUCGAGUAAGGACAAGGCGGAAAAAUCUGAUGAUGGAAAAGCUCAGCAGGCGUCAGACAAAACAAACUCAACUGAGGUUGAGGUGGAACCUUUCAAUGUACCUCCAGAGAUUGUACCAGAAAAAUAUGAGGAAUUUUUACUUUUUGGAGCAUUUUUCGAAGCUACCAUGAUUGACCGGAGGAUUGGAGAUAAGCCCAUUAGCUUUGAAGUCUCUAUUGGUAAUUUUGGGAACCUGAUCGAUGGAGGGUCCCAUCAUGGGAGUAAGAAGAAGUCAACUGAAUCAGCUGAAGAAGACGCCCUUCCACUGCUGCAUGAAGGAGGAGAGGCAGCCCAUGAGGUUGCCUUCCCUAUGGUCUCCACAACUCAGCCAGAGAAGCCACUAGUGACUGAAGGAAACAGGAAUUACAACUAUUUGCCAUUCGAGGCCAAGAAGCCCUGCGUCUACUUCAUCAGUUCUUGGGGAGAUCAGACCUUCAGGCUACACUGGUCCAACGUGCUGGAGAAAAUGGCAGACCUCCUGGAAGAAAGUAUAGAAGAGGUGAGAGAAUUGAUCAAGAUCUCAGAGGACGCACCAGAAGAGAAAAUGAAGACGGUGCUCAGCGACUUUAUCAGUCAAAGCAGUGCCUUUAUCGCUGAAGCAGAAAAGAAGCCCAAGAUGUCGAACCAAACUACUUUAGAUAAGAAACGACUUACGCUCUGCUGGCAGGAGCUGGAGAUGAUGACCAAGGAGGCCAAGGCGAUCAUUCAGCAGCAGAAGAAAAAGUUCUCUCUCGAUGAAAUGAUCCAUGAAGCCCAAAACUUUGUGGAAAAAAUUCGCUUUCUUGUCGAUGAGCCGCAGCACACCAUCCCUGACGUCUUCAUCUGGAUGCUCAGCAACAACAAGAGGGUGGCAUAUGCCCGCAUCGCCUCCAGGGACCUGCUCUAUUCCCCUGUCAGGGAGCAGAUGGGCAAACACUGUGGAAAGAUCAAAACUCAUUUCCUCAAAAUUCCUGGAAAGCGGCAGGCUGGCUGGUCAGUGCAAGCAAAAGUCGACGUGUACCUGUGGUUGGGCUCCACCAGACACUCCAGUGCCAUUUUGGACAAUUUACCAGCAGGCUAUGAGGCAGAAAUUUCCUCUAAUGUGGAUGGUACUAAUCACCCCCCAGCCAAUCUGUUCUACCAAGACCGGCAUAUUUUCCAGCUGAGGGCACACAUGUACCAAGCCAGGGGCCUCAUCGCAGCUGACAGCAAUGGACUUUCAGACCCUUUUGCUAAAGUCACGUUCCUUUCUCACUGCCAGACCACAAAGAUCAUCUCUCAGACUCUCUCCCCCACCUGGAACCAGAUGCUGCUGUUCAAUGAACUGGCACUGCAUGGGGAUGAGAAGGAGCUGGUGGAGUCCCCACCCUUAGUGGUGGUGGAGCUCUAUGACAGUGACGCGGUGGGGAAGCCAGAAUAUUUGGGUGCCACAGUGGCUGCUCCUGUUGUGAAGCUGGCAGACCAGGACUAUGAGCCCCCCAGGCUGUGCUAUCACCCCAUCUUUUGUGGGAGCCUCUCUGGAGGGGAUCUCCUUGCUGUAUUUGAACUGCUACAGGUCCCUUCAUCUGGGCUGCAAGGCCUCCCUCCCAUUGACCCACCAGACAUCACCCAGAUCUAUCCAGUUCCUGCCAACAUUCGGCCAGUGCUGAGUAAAUACCGAGUGGAGGUUCUAUUCUGGGGAGUCCGGGAAAUGAAGAAGGUGCAGCUCCUCUCAGUGGAUCGACCACAGGUUCUCAUCGAGUGUGGGGGACGAGGAGUGAAGUCUUGUGUGAUCCAGAGCUACAAGAACAACCCAAACUUCACCGUCCAAGCAGAUGUCUUUGAAGUGGAGCUGCCUGAGAAUGAGCUUCUGCACCCGCCCCUGAGCAUCUGCGUGGUGGACUGGAGAGCUUUCGGGAGGAGCACCCUCGUGGGUACCUACACCAUCAACUGCUUGAAGCAGUUUUUGUGUAAACCCAGAGAGCCCCUUGCCCUCAUCUCACCAGUGGAGGAAGCCCAAGUUGAGCAAGCAGUCCCAGACGCACUAAUAGCCACUGAGUCCUCUGAACCCCUCAGCUCAUCCCAGGAUACCCUGACAGAUCACAUCUUUGUGGAUGUGGAGCCGCCUCCCACCGUGAUGCCUGACACUGCCCAGGCUCAGCCAGCUGUCCUGGUCGAUAUCCCAGACUCGUCCCCUAUGCUGGAGCCUGAACACAAACCUACAGCCCAGGAGUCACCGACAGAUGGAAAAGUUAAGGAUGCCAGGAAAGCUUCCCGGAGGUCCACUAAAAGGAGAAAAAGGACCAUAGCAGAUGAGUCAGCUGAAAAUGUCAUUGACUGGUGGUCGAAGUAUUAUGCCUCUCUGAAGAAAGCACAGAAGAUGAAGGAGAAUGAUCCCAAGGGAAAAAAAGGAAAUGCAGAAACAAAACCAGAUGAAGUAGUGGUAGAUAUGGAAGAUGGCCCCAAGAGGAAGAAAGACAAGAUUCUCAAGAAGAAGGUCAAAGAUGAUGAGCUCCCCAACCUGGCCAUCUUGCAGAUAUAUGACAGAGAUCUUGAGAGUGAAUUCAACAAUUUUGAAGACUGGGUGAAAACCUUUGAGCUCUUCAGAGGCAAGUCUACAGAAGAUGACCAUGGUUUCGAUGGAGACCGAGUCAUUGGAAAGUUUAAGGGUUCCUUCUGCAUAUACAAAAGCCCUGAAGAUUCUAGCUGUGAGGACACCGGGCAGCUGAGAAUCCAGCAAGGGAUUCCACCCAACCACCCUGUCAAAGUCCUGAUCAGGGUGUACAUCGUCGCGGCAUUUAAUCUUAGCCCAGCUGAUCCAGAUGGCAAAUCAGAUCCCUACAUUGUGCUCAAGCUUGGCAAGACGGAAAUCAAAGAUCGGGACAAAUACAUUCCCAAACAAUUGAACCCAGUAUUUGGAAGGUCAUUUGAGAUCCAAGCCACAUUCCCAAAGGAAUCCCUGCUCUCUGUCCUGAUCUAUGACCAUGACAUGAUUGGCACAGACGACCUCAUUGGUGAGACCAAGAUCGACCUGGAGAAUCGCUUCUACAGCAAACACCGAGCCAUCUGUGGCUUGCAGAGCCAGUAUGAAAUAGAAGGCUACAAUGCCUGGAGAGACACAUCCAAACCCACGGAAAUCCUCACCAAACUCUGCAAAGACAACAAGCUAGAUGGGCCCUACUUUCGCCCUGGAAAAAUACAGAUCGGAAAUCAGGUCUUUUCUGGAAAAACUGCCUUCACUGAAGAGGACACUGAUAAGACUGUGGAAUCUUAUGAGCACUUGGCCCUCAAGGUCUUACACUCUUGGGAGGAUAUGCCAGAAGUUGGAUGUAAGCUAGUUCCUGAGCAUAUAGAAACCCGAUCGCUGUACCACAAGGAUAAGCCAGGAAUGGAGCAGGGUCGCUUACAGAUGUGGGUGGACAUGUUUCCUAUGGACAUGCCUCAGCCUGGACCUCCUGUUGACAUUUCACCAAGGCAACCCAAAGGGUAUGAAUUGAGGGUGACUAUCUGGAACACAGAAGAUGUCAUUUUAGAAGACGAGAAUAUCUUUACAGGACAAAAAUCAAGUGAUAUUUAUGUUAAAGGGUGGAUAAAGGGUUUGGAAGAUGACAAGCAGGAGACAGAUGUGCAUUACAACUCCCUGACCGGAGAAGGGAACUUCAACUGGCGCUUCCUGUUUCCAUUUCGGUAUCUCCCAGCUGAGAAGCAAAUGGUCAUUACCAAGAGGGAGAACAUCCUUUCCUUAGAGAAGAUGGAGUGUAAGACUCCAGCUGUGUUGGUGCUCCAGGUUUGGGAUUUUGAAAGGCUGUCCUCAGAUGAUUUCUUGGGCUCCCUGGAAAUGAACCUCAAUAGUUUUCCUCGAGCAGCCAAAUCUGCCAAAGCUUGUGAACUUACCAAGUUUGAAAAUGCAAGUGAGGAGAACAAGAUCUCUAUAUUCCAGCAGAAGCGUGUGCGUGGCUGGUGGCCAUUUGCUAAAAGCAAAGAACUCACCGGCAAGGUUGAAGCAGAGUUUCAUCUAGUUACAGCAGAAGAAGCUGAGAAAAAUCCUGUUGGAAAAGCUCGAAAGGAGCCAGAGCCCCUAGCCAAGCCCAACCGCCCAGACACCUCCUUCUCCUGGUUUGUGAGCCCCUUCAAGUGCCUGUAUCACCUGAUCUGGAAGAAUUACAAGAAGUACAUCAUCAUUGGUUUUAUUCUGAUCAUCCUGAUUAUCUUCCUGGUCCUUUUCAUCUAUACUCUGCCAGGAGCUAUCAGCCGAAGGCUCGUCGUGGGCUCAUAGAAGAUAAUGGAGAACUCAGACCCUCCCUGUGUGCUAAUC